GAAGAAAAAAAUAUAAAUCAGAGGCCACAAGGUUAAGGUUAUGACACCUGCUCUUCUCGUGUUCUCCAAUGUUGUUGGAUUUAAUGUUUGAAACUAUGUUGUUAAUAUUGUCUUGUCGGAUUGGAGCAGACACAUGAAGGAGCAUAACUCAUACAUAGUUCAUUGCUAUGGUAGUUUGUGAGGUGACAUGUUCUCCCUGUUUUGUUCCACAUCUCACUUGUCUUUUCCUCUUCCAAGCUCGACACUUUCACUUUCGUGGUUCCUCAAGAGACUGAUUACUAAUGCUCCUGCUAUUACUGCUAAGUGUUAUUCUUCACACUGUGACCCUCAUUGCUUUGGUGAAACUCCAAUCUCUUUGCUUGAAAGAUGCAAGUCCACGUACCAGCUAAAGCAAAUUCACUCAAAGACAAUCAAAAUGGGUCUCUCUUCAGACCCUGUGUUUGGAAAUAAAGUUAUAGCCUUCUGUUGUACCCAGGAAUCAGGGGAUGUUGACUAUGCUCGCCAGGUGUUUGACACAAUCCCUCACCCAAGUGUCUUCAUUUGGAAUACCAUGAUCAAGGGCUAUUCUAGGAUAAGCUGUCCUAAGAGUGGAAUUUCUAUGUAUCUACUGAUGUUGGCCCAUAACAUCAAGCCUGAUAGUUUUACAUUUCCAUUCUUGUUGAAGGGCUUCACCAAUGAUAUGGCUUUGAAGUUUGGGAAAGUGUUACUUGAUCAUGCAGUGAAACUUGGGCUUGAUUCUAAUUUGUUUGUUCAAAAGGCUUUCAUACACUUGUUUUCCUUGUGCGGGCUAGUGGAUCUGGCUCACAAAAUUUUCAAUAUGGGUGAUGCAUGGGAAGUGGUAACCUGGAAUGUAAUGCUAUCUGGAUAUAACAGAGUUAAGCUAUUUGAGAAAUCAAAGAAGCUUUUUUUUGAGAUGGAGAAGAAAGGUGUAUCACCCAAUUCAGUUACUUUAGUUUUGAUCCUUUCAGCAUGCUCCAAAUUGAAGGAUUUAGAUGGAGGCAAUUACGUUUAUAAGUAUAUCAAAGAAGGUAUUGUUGAGCCUAAUCUUGUAAUGGAAAAUGUCUUACUUGAUAUGUUUGGAGCUUGUGGAGAAAUGGAUGCUGCAAAAGGUGUUUUUGACAAUAUGAAGACUCGAGAUGUAAUUUCUUGGACUUCCAUUGUUAGCGGAUUUGCCAAUACCGGCCAAAUUGAUUUAGCACGGAAGUAUUUUGAUCAAAUGCCUGAAAGAGAUUAUGUUUCUUGGACUGCUAUGAUUGAUGGCUACCUUAGAAUGAACCAUUUCAGAGAGGCUUUGGCACUUUUCCGUGAGAUGCAGAUGUCACAUGUGAAACCAGAUGAAUUCACCAUGGUUAGCAUUCUAACAGCCUGUGCGCACCUGGGAGCACUUGAGCUAGGGGAAUGGGUAAAGACUUACAUUGACAAAAACAAGAUUAAUAAUGACACUUUCAUUGGGAGUGCUCUAAUAGACAUGUACUUCAAAUGUGGGAAUGUUGAGAAAGCAAGAAAAACAUUCAAGGAAAUGCAUCAGAAAGACAAAUUUAUCUGGACGGCGAUGAUUGUUGGUCUCGCCAUUAAUGGUCAUGGUGAAGAAGCUCUUACUAUGUUUUCAAAUAUGAUAGAAUCUUCAAUCACACCAGAUGAUAUAACUUAUAUUGGUGUCCUGAGUGCUUGCACACACGCCGGCAUGGUAGAAAAAGGAAGAAAGUUUUUUGCUAGCAUGACCAUCCAACAUGGAAUUAAGCCUAAUGUGACUCAUUAUGGAUGCAUGGUUGACCUACUUAGUAGAGCUGGGCAUUUAAAAGAAGCCCUUGAUGUCAUUUUGAAUAUGCCUGUGAAGCCAAAUUCAAUUGUUUGGGGAUCUCUUCUUGGUGCUUGCAGAGUUCACAAAAAUGUUGAACUCGCAGAAAUGGCAGCUAAACAAAUAAUUGAGUUAGAGCCUGAAAAUGGGUCUGUUUAUGUCCUGUUAUGUAACAUAUAUGCUGCAUGCAAGAGAUGGGAAAACUUGCGUGAAGUCAGGACAAUUAUGAUGGAGAGGGGAAUUAAGAAAACACCAGGUUGCAGUUUGAUGGAAAUGAAUGGCAUUGUCUAUGAGUUUGUUGCUGGGGACCAGUCACAUCCUCAGUCUAAAGAAAUAUAUGCGAAGUUGGAAAACAUGAUGCAAGAUUUGACAAAUGCAGGGUACUCGCCUGAUACAUCAGAGGUUUUCCUUGAUAUAGGAGAAGAGGAUAAGGAGACUGCACUUUUCCGGCAUAGCGAGAAGUUGGCUAUUGCCUAUGCCCUUAUUAGUUCAGGACCUGGGGUUACCAUAAGAAUAGUGAAGAACCUUAGAAUGUGUGUAGAUUGUCACCAGAUGGCAAAGCUGGUGUCAAAGGCUUACAAUAGGGAACUAGUAGUUAGGGAUAAAACCAGAUUCCAUCAUUUCAGGCAUGGUGUAUGUUCAUGUAAUAAUUUCUGGUAAACUUUUUAACGAGAUUCCCCCCAUGAAUUGUAGAAGUUUCGAGCCUUGUGUAUGGAGAAAAAAAACACCGCCGGGAGAGCUAGUCCAUGAGAAUGUGAAUAUGCCUCUGUUGGAUAAAAAAUGAUCCAGAACUAGAAGAGGAGUACCUACAAGUAGCAAGUUCUGAUUACAUUGAAGUAUAAAUUUUUCAUUUUCUUGCUUUGGUAAGUCAUUCGCCUAUUUAGAUCUUAAUUUCAUCAUUUGUACAUUAUAGAUAACAAAAAUUAUUCCAUUUUAUCAUAAUUCACAGAUUUUCUCUGUAAAACAGAACCAUAAAUGUUUGAUGAGUGUGCAUGAGAGCUUAUCCUAGCAAUUGUGAUGCACAUUAUCUUCUUCGAUCUGAAUUUUUUCUAACUAAACUUAGGCUAUUAGCUCUGGAAAAACAAAUGAAUUUCCAGAGAUAAUCUGGAAACUGUGAACUGUUUGCUAUUUAAAUAGAAUAUUAGAAUGCAGGUCAAUUAUAGGAAGUCAGCAAUGCAAAGCUUAUUAUAUUUUUUGGGUAUAAGGUGCAAAGAGAACAAAAUAAAAGAAAGAAAAAAAAAAAAACAAGCCCUAAGGCCUUGGAAAACUAGACCCUACGGCAUCCGCAAAGAGGAGAGGGCGUAGCCCUGGCGGAGGAUCAUGCACCAGCUCAAACAAGGCUUGCUGGUCAGCGCCUGCUUUCGCCAUAAAGUCCGCACAAGAAUUCCC